CUGCAGCUGUCUUUUUGUGUCUACAUUUUCCAGCCGAAGACUCAGAAGCCAAAAGAGAAAGUUGUUCAUCCGUACAGCAGGAAGGCUGCAUACCUGGCAAGAGAGGAAAUAAGACUUAAAAAGAAAGACAGGCAGAAGACUGAGAAAGCAACCCGACUCAGCAACAUUGGUGAGAAGCUGUUGUGGUUUCAGAAUGAGUUGGAUCCAACAAGGACUAAUUACAUGCGGAAGGAUGCCUGCGCCGUUAUUGAAAGCUACCUCCACAGAUUUGAUGCAGAACUUGAGCAGAUUGAGUUGAUGAAUGGGAUCAAGGGUCGGCAAGGACGUCUCCACGGCGCCAGAGAGGCUGUCAUCAAACAGACGAUAGAGAGAGAGCGGAUGCAGUACGAGAGUGUGGGCUUAGAGAUCCCAGAUAUCAUCAAUGCAAAGCAUCUGAAGACAUUCAGGUCAGUUUCAAACUCUGCACUCGGUGUGUGA